AACACACACACGAGAGAGAGAGAGAGAGAGAGAGAGAGAGAGAGAGAGAGAGAGAGAGAGAGGUGGAUAUUUGCGUAGAUGCUGUCCAAUUCGGGUCUCUCUGCAAAUUCCAUAUGCAGCGAUGCAGCAGGAGUUGCAGGAAACGUCUUCGCCCUCGUACUGUUCAUGUCCCCAAUACCGACAUUUCGAAGGAUUGUUCGUAACCGGUCCACCGAGCAGUUCUCGGGAUCGCCUUACCUAUACACGCUCUUGAAUUGCUUGAUAUGUCUGUGGUACGGCUUGCCACUCGUGUCGCCCGGCGUUAUAAUGAUCGCGACCGUCAAUGCGAUCGGGGUUGUUUUCCAGGCGUCCUACUUAAUCGUCUUCAUCGCGUAUGCCAGUAAAGCCAAGAAGCUGAAGAUGUUGGGACUAAGCAUAUCAGUACUUAUGCUCUUCCUAGCCGUGGUGUUCGUAAGCUUGCAGUUCCCCGAUUUGCGCUCGCGGCAGAUUUUCGUCGGGUACCUAAGUGUCGCUUCCAUUAUUUCCAUGUUCGUGUCGCCCCUCUUCAUCAUCAAGUUGGUGAUCAGGACGAGGAGCGUCGAGUACAUGCCUUUCUAUCUCUCUUUCUCGACCUCUCUGACGAGCCUCUCUUUCCUCGCUUACGGAUUGCUCAAAGCCGAUCCAUUCAUUUACUUUCCGAACGGAAUCGGGACGAUCCUGGGAAUAAGUCAGCUGGCAUUGUACUUCUCCUACAAGAGUGCAUCCACAGAGCAGCUGAGAGAGCCCCUGAUGAACUCGAGCGCCUGAGAAGAUCACAUGCGCAGCCAGGGACCGAUCUUUGUAUCGGUUUCGGUUCUCUUGUGUGGCUGAAGUUGUCCAAAUUCGAAAUCUGUAUCGAUCUAUCUCGUGGUGUUCGACGUUCUGUCGAUGCUCGAUAGUAUUUUCGGGAAGCAUUUUGA